AACUUUGGAAUAAAGUAAACAAACGACGUCGUGUGUCGCAAUACCUUGUUCUGAGUAUCUCUGAGAAUUGGGAUGGCGAACGAGAACGAGCCCGCGAAACAGCUCUUACCGUACCUUCAACGCGCCGAUGAAUUGCAAAAGCACGAACCUCUCGUCGCUUAUUACUGUCGAUUAUAUGCGAUGGAACAGGGAUUGAAGAUUCCACAGAGUGAGCGCACCAAGACCACUAACGCUCUUCUUGUUUCGCUUAUGAAGCAGCUUGAAAAGGAUAAAAAGUCAAUUCAGUUGGGCCCUGAGGAUAAUUUAUAUCUUGAGGGAUUUGCUUUGAAUGUGUUUGGAAAAGCAGACAAGCAAGAUCGUGCUGGAAGAGCAGAUUUGAAUACGGCAAAAACAUUUUAUGCGGCCAGCAUCUUUUUCGAGAUUCUUUAUCAAUUUGGAGCACUUCAGCCUGAUCUAGAGCAGAAACAGAAAUAUGCAGCAUGGAAAGCAGCUGAUAUAAGAAAGGCUUUGAAAGAAGGAAGGACGCCCACGGCCGGUCCACCUGCUGGUGAUGAGGAUCUGUCAGUUCCAUUGAGUAAUCCAAGUAAUAGAUAUGACCUUGGGACUUCCGAAACUACUAUUACCAGUCCAGGACCAGAAUCUGAUUCAUCACAAAAUUAUCACAACCCUGUCAACUACGAGAACUUUCCAAGCAUUCAUCCUGCGCCUAAGUUUCAUGAUACUGUUAACGACCAGCAUUCUGCAAACAUUCCACCAUCUAUGCAGCUUCAUGAUAGAGUAAAUGAUAAUAAGCAUUCUUCCAUUGCUUCUCCAUCCUCUCACACUUAUGCACCUGCAGCUUAUCCUUCCCAAGACUACCCCCCUCCUCCAUCUUCCCAGGAUUACCAUCCUCCUCCACCUUCCCAGGAUUACCAUCCUCCUCCACCUUCCCAGGAUUACCAUCCUCCUCCACCUUCCCAAGAUUACCAUCCUCCUCCACCUACCCAAGAUUUCCAUCAUCCUCCCCCUGCCAGAUCAGAAAGUUCUUCUUAUUCUGAUCUCUACAACCAUCAGCACUACUCACCAGAGCAUUCACAGCAUUUAGGUCCUACCUACCCUUCUCAUGAAACUCCCACCUCUUACUCUUAUCCCAAUUUUCAGUCUUAUCCAAGUUUUACAGAAAGCAGCCUGCCAUCAGUCCCAUCAAACUAUACUUUUUAUCAAGGGUCUGAUGCUUCAUAUUCUUCCCAGUCAGCUCCACUAACUACAGACCAUUCAUCAAGUGUCCAACAUAGUUCCAGCAGCAGAAAUGGAACUGUCGUGGAACCUAAAUCAACUUCUCAGACAUACCAUUAUGACAGUAACUACCAGCCGGCACCUGAAAAAAUAGCAGAGGCACACAAGGCUGCAAGAUUUGCUGUUGGGGCACUGGCAUUCGAUGAUGUCUCAACUGCAGUAGACUUCUUAAGGAAAUCACUUGAGUUGCUGACAAAUCCAUCGGCUGGCCAUAAAGCGUGAAGAAAUUCAGUGAACAUGAAUGGAAAUCAUGAAAUCUGCUUGGAGUGUGCUCUCUGUCAUUUAUGAGUAAGUUAUUGAGAUUCGUUUGUCUGUCAAGGGAUCUGUGUUUUAUACAAAUAAGAUGUCUGCUUGAUGAAUUUUCAGUUCUGUCCGGAACAAUUUUCCUUUUCUUUUUUGGGUCUUUUCUCUCACAAUUUUGGUUUACGUUCAUUCAUAUAUUGACCCUUGAGAAUUUGAAUGUCAGCAGCGAAAUUCCUUAGCACAGCAUAAAACUUCUUGCUUAAGAAGUUUCAUUUCAGGGAUUAGUACAAAUUGGUUUGGCAUAAACUAAACUGAUUCCAUUUCGGUUUAUGACUACAUUUUUGUAAAGGAUAGUCAUAUUUUUCACAGCUUGAUACCCACAUUUUAUUGACGAGAAUAGUCAUAUAAGAACUAAAGUGGAAUAGGUUUGGUAAGUUUAACCAAAUUGUACCUAUUCCUUCCUUUUCAGCAAGGUGU